CUGGCUACUUCUGAAACUGGAUCCACCAGUGAAACCACUGCAUGAGAUAUUUCUGGUUUUACUUCUGAACGUUUAAGGAGCUUCUGUUUUUGCAUCUUUUAUAUGUGUUGCAUCCUGGACCUGCACCACAUAAAGGAGUGGACGCAUCAUGUCAGACCAACAGAUUUAGGGAAGAGAUGGAGUCGCGGCCCUGACUCUCGUUUUUCACGUCAGCUGUUGCAGAAGCAGAGCUCAUGGAUUGAUGGUGUGUGAUUCCUGCUCACGCAUGUCUUUCUGCAUCAGCGUGUGAUCCCGCUUCUCUUCAGCCUCUUGGCACAAAGAGAAACCAACUGAGGCGUCGUCAUGAGCGGCUUCAGUCUCAGGCUGCUGGCGCUUCUGCUCAUUUGGACCUCGUCAGUCAUCGCGGAUGCAGCCGGCGCCGUGAGCCCAGAACGAGGCGCCGGCCGAAGCCAGAGGAGAGGAGGCGGUUCUGAGAAGAGGAGAAGACUCCAUCGCAUCCAGCACGGCCAGUGCAGCUACACCUUCCUCCUCCCGGAGCUGGAUGCCUGCCAGCGGGCCGGCGCCGGCGCCGGUGCCGGGUCCCGCGCCGGGUCCAGCUUCGUGCAGAGAGAUUCACCGCCAGGCGCCGAGUGGUCGGCUCAGAAGCUGCAGCAGCUGGAGAGCACGAUGGAGAACAACACACAGUGGCUGCAGAAGUUGGAGCACUUCAUUCAGAAGAGCGUGAGGCCGAACCUCGGCAGCGCCGCCGCACACGUGGUUCACAACCAGACGGCCGCCAUGUUGGAGAUGGGGACGACCCUGCUGACGCACACGGCCGAGCAGACGCGCAAGCUCAGCGCCGUGGAGGCCCAGGUGCUGAACCACACGUCUCGCAUGGAGAUCCAGCUCCUGGAGAGCUCUCUGUCCACCAGUAAGCUGGAGAAGGAGCUGCUGCUGCAGACGUCGGAGAUCAGUCGCCUGCGAGACAGGAACAGUCGUUUGGAGAGUAAAGUCCAGGUGUUGGAGUCUCGGCAGCGCGGCGAGCUGGAGGACAUGAGGCAGGACAAGAACCGGCUGCAGUCUGUGGUCAGGACGCAGGUGGCGGCCAUCGCGUCGCUGGAGAGGCAGCUGAGAGCCGCCAGCAGCAACAACACGGCUCUGCAGAGGCAGCAGGCGCAGCUGAUGGAGUCGGUCCACUCGCUCAUCAACAUGGUGGCCAGCAGCACAGGCUCGCCUCCUAGAGUCCACAUGUGGAGGGACUGUGCAGAUGCCUACAAGGCCGGACACUCGCUCUCCGGUCUCUAUCACAUCUACAUCGGGAACAAGACGGAGCCUGUGCAGGUUUACUGCGACAUGGAGACCGGCGGCGGAGGAUGGACCGUGUUCCAGCGCAGGCUCAACGGCAGCGUGGAUUUCCAGAGGAGCUGGAGGGAGUACAGGACGGGCUUCGGCGACGUGUCGGGAGAGCACUGGUUGGGAAACGAAGCCCUGCACCUGCUGAGCAGCCAGGACCAGUACUCGCUGAGAGUGGAGCUGCUGGACUGGGAGGGGAACCAGGCCCACUCCCAGUACGACCGCUUCACGCUGGGCUCGGAGCAGCAGCAGUACAGGUUGUACCUGAGAGGCCACAGCGGCACAGCAGGGAGGCAGAGCAGCCUGGUCACACACGGCACCGGCUUCAGCACCCGAGACCAGGACAACGACAACUGUGACCACUGCAAGUGUGCCCUGAUGCUCAGCGGAGGUUGGUGGUUUGACGCCUGCGGCUUCUCCAACCUCAACGGCAUCUACUACACCAUCGGGCACAACAUCAGGAAGCUCAACGGCAUCAAGUGGCACCACUUCAGAGGCCCCAGCUACUCGCUGCACUCCACCUCCAUGAUGCUGCGGCCCUAUGACUUCUAGCGCUGGGCCUCAGAGCCUCCAGCAUCCUGGCGGUGCAGCUCAGCAGCGCCUGCUGACGCCUCGUCAUUGACCUGGAACUUCUAACAACACCAAAUCAAUCAGAUAAGCAGCUUUCUUGUAAAGGCGGGACCGUGACGGCAGGUAGAACGGGAACUGAACGCUUCCACGCAGCAGCUGCACAUCUUCCCCUGGAGCUCGUCACAGACUCUGCGGCUGUGCUGGACAAUGGACCGACACCUGACUCUUGAGCCCAGCUUUGCUGCGGUCGCACCUCAUUGUAACCUGAGCCGCUCCCAGAGACGAGUCGGGUUUCACGUGGUGCUGUCGGGCUCAAAGGUGAAAAGGCAGCACCGCACAGAGCUGCGAGCAGCUACUCCAGCGCUCCUUCCUGCCGGAUGACUGUGUAACACUAAUGUCAUAACUCCACUGUUUACCUCAGACAUCAUCACAACCAAGGACCAGGCCGUUGGGAGGCGCUCCCACAUUUGUUCCAGUUCACUGUUCUGAGUUUUGGCAUCUAAGAAGCUUUAAAUAAAUAAAUGUGUUCUUCCAA